AGUUUGGCCGACACGAAGGCGGUGUUCACGCUCGGUAUCGAUCUACUCUCACCAACGAUAACGACUGCCAUAAAAGUUUAUGGUUAAAUGCCCAAUGCGAACUUCCAUGUUUCAUAAGCUCGUCUGAUUAUGGCAACCACAAAACUGUUGGUUUCUUAUCCUCGCUCGUAUUAACAAAACGUAUAAACUAUCAUUUUCCUCGAGAACCUGAUAGUCGGUUGAACCUAUCGUCCUGCCCACACUUUAUAUCGAAACUGUUGUUGGAUUUAAACUUUCUUUAUGCUAUUCACGGAGUGACACUAUGCACGUGGCUCCUUCCGUUUCCGUCCUCGGAGGAGGUGUAUAAAACUGAAAGCAGGAAAUUAACAUCGGCAUUUAUUUCAAGGCUGUGCCAGAGCUCAUUGACAUACAAAACAGCUAGUGAAGCUUACAAAGUUGAGACAAAGUCGUUGGCAGGCUAGGCAUGAGUGACGGUAAUAUGCAUGCAAACGGUGCCGAAAUCCCCAGUACGCCCGCCGCCUCGAGCACGCUUCAGCAGUCGAGGAAAAGACCGUCAUCUCCGAGUCCCCGCCAGGAGGACGGCAGGGCGUACAAGAGCCAGCGGUCGGUCUCGGACGAGAUUGGACCUGGGAUGCGGCAGUUUUGCCGACUGAAAAGUAACCCCAAGCUUGAGGAAUCCAACCAAGGAGAGCACCUCACAUUCACUGAAGAGGGAGAGGAUUUUGCGGGAAAUUGGAAAGAGACUAACGACACCCUCGAUGAGGAGGCCAUCGACGUUGGGGCGGGUGGGGAGGAUGGUGGAGAGGGGAACGGGGCACCAACUAGCCCGGGGCAAAAAUUGGCAGAGAUUCAAUGGGGCUUGGGCAGCUGUGAGUGCCCUUUCACCUUUGAGCACCAGCAGCCACUGGAAGGUGGUCAGGAUGUUGUAGACGGGCUGUUCACAGAGCUGUUUGACGCAGGGAAGAAACAAUUCAGCAAGAUUAUUGGGAAAUUAAUGGACCAUUUCCGCUUGAUCUUGCCGAAGAGUUCUCUGGAGGAGCAUCCGCAUAACAACAUCCACGUGCCGCAUCCAGACAAGUCGAUUGGUGGAAUGAUUGGCCUUGGCAUGAAUAUUCAAAAGGCAGAGAAAGGCCACGUAGUGCACACUGUCAUCCCAGAUGGUCUGGCCGCGCAGUCAAAACUCAGAGAAAAGGAUGUUAUUGUCAGUGUCAAUGGAAAUGAUGUGAAGAGCUGGGAAUUUGAAAGGUUGCAGCAAUUCUUUGGGUCUCUGGCUGAAGUGGAAAUCAAAAUUGUGGUUGAGCGUGAGGAAGAAGAUGAAAGCGGCGCUGCUUUCUGCCAGAAACUCACCCUCACCUUCCAGCUGUCCCUUGAAGGGGAUCAGGUAAUUGUGGAUGUUGCCAUCAAAGUUGGCAUCAGUGGUUGGAAGUUCACAGGCGUCACCGGGCCAUACUACAUCUUCCAGAACAAUGUCAAUGAGAACACCAAGUUCCUGACCUUGAAGGACAACUGCUUCUGCAUGGCCAACGUGAAUGACCUCACACCUUGUCGGUUUGAGCUUGUCCAUUAUGAUCCAGUCAUAAACGGACCCAGAGCCAUCGUGAACCUGAACAACAAUUCCCCACUGGAUCACGGGGAGCCCACAAGAAUUGGUGAGAACAGUUCUGACCUGUACGGCGACCAUGUCAAUAUCUUGACUGACGACCGUGUCUUUUUCACCAUGAGGCAAGCAGACAGCGGGAAGUUCACAUAUGAGCUUGCGUCCCGAAAAAGCUAUUUUCUUACGGUCGAUGCCAGUGGCAAGCUGACGACAACCUACUUUCCCAGCAGAGAAGCUGUUGAUUGGAGUGGACGGUUCGACAUGGUGGCAACAUCUCGUAUAGACAAGAUGUCCCCUUCUGAGAUUGAGAAAUUUGACGGCGAUGACAAGACGCAGAAUCUUUUCGACAGAGAAAAACCUGUCAACAAGUGGAAGUAAGGCAAGCCAAAAUGUGCAAAAAUUCUGAAUUAAUGUGAUUGAGGCUUUUCACUUUUGAUAUGCUAAAAAACUACUGUUAGGCGGCAUUUCAGGGCCAGUGAAGCUUUGAUUUCUUUUCUUUUGGCCAGUGAAGCUUUGAUUUCUUUUCUUUUGUUUUUCAGAAUUAUUUUCACGAGUGAAAUCAGUUUCUUAAGUAAAUUCCACAUAUGUGUAUACAGUAAACAUACAUGUACCCAACAGUUGAAAAUCACAGUGAUGCAUAAUAAUUACUGAGAUUGUAAAUAAAAUGACAACUUAAAUAAGAUAUAUGAAUGGUUCUUAUUUUAAUGCUUGUUUUAAUGCUUAUUUUAAAAAUUUGUUCUGCAGUCUGAAUAAAUAUUUUUUCACUGAGGACUGACAUUUCAUUAAAACUUGAUGUUGUGGUGAGUUGAUUCAAUUGUAAAUAAUCUGACAUAAAUUUAUACUCGGAAGGAAAAUUAAUAUUACUUGCAUUAUUAAAAAUAUUUCAUAUGCUUUAAUGUACAUGUAUUUUCUAUGCUGGGCAUUGCGAUACUUUUAUUGCUGUAAAUUUAAUUUUGUGCAUGACUUCUUAUGAUAAAACUGUUUUUAGAAGGCAUACAUUUGCAACGUAAAUAUCAGCAUGUAUCUUUAUGCUAUGCAUUAAUUUUUCAUGGAU